AUGAAACGAAGGUUCAGUGCUGUCAAACGCCUGCGAGCCAAGCGUUCAAGCGCAGAUCCGACAAGCGAAAAACCUUCAUCUGCUGGUGUUGAGAAGCAUUCUAGUGAUGAAGAACAAAUUAUAGCGCGGUCAUCCAGUAUGAGCUUGUUGGACGUGUAUCCGCUUGACUUAUCAAGGACGGAAGAUUUUAUUGCGUCUUGCGGUCGAGAGCCUGGAUUUGCGGAUCUAGACUUAAACCAAGUGGGGGAGUUUGCUCGUCUGGCUCACUAUCGAUCACGAGUUCUCACCGGCAAGCAUGCUUCAGUGAAUAACUUGGACACAACUAAAGUGAAGCCUCAAUGGCUUCAAGAAGUUGAGAAAGCAGUGACUUUCAUUAAAACUCAUCAGCAACACAACUUAGCAAGUUGCAAAGUGGUGGUCGAGGGCGACUCGAUUGCCCAUUUGUCUGAAGUUCACACGCGUUUGGUACUCAUGAUCACAACUCUUUGUCGACAAUAUACACGCGACUUUGGAGAAACUUCAUUUACUCGACGACUGCGGGGAAUAAUCCGAAAGUUGAUUGAAUGGAAGUUCACGCGUAUAUCCGAAACGAUCACUGCACUGAAAGACGCCAAGGCCGUCGCAAUACAAGAAGAGAAGCAGAGGAAUCUUGAAUUUUACCACGUUCAUCGCGCUUAA